AUGGUGAUGCAGCCCUUAACCGCCAGCGAGCUGCAGGACUCAUCCUCAGAAGGUGAAUCAACUUUAGAAGAGGACUCUGAUGUGGAGUCAUCUUCCUCUGAAGAUUCCACUUUGAGCGAGGAGGACACAGAGGAUCCUGCCCAUCUUGUCAGUGAGUGGACAUCAAAAAAUGGGCAAAUCUGGUUUCCUUCUAAUGAUGCGACACUGCGCUACGUUGCUCCUGGCAGAGGUUUGAUUCCAGGGCCUACCAACUAUGCCACCACCCGUAUCCAUGACGUGAAAUCCUCCUUUGAUUUAUUUUUCACUGCUGAAAUCAUCAGCAUCAUUGUUCAGAUGACAAACCUGCAGGGGAGACGGUCAGUAGCAAACUGGAGUGAUGUUGAUGCCACAGAUAUUCAGGCAUACAUCGGGCUCCUGAUUUUGGCUGGAGUGUACAGAUCCAAGGGUGAAUCUACACGCAGCCUCUGGGAUGACCACACUGGCCGUGCCAUCUUCAGGGCUUCUAUGAACCACACAAAAUUCAGGCUGAUCAACGCCAACAUCCGGUUUGAUGACAAGCUGACCAGACCUUCCCGCCACAGAGAGGACAAGCUUGCCCCUAUCCGCUGUGUCUGGGAGAUGUGGACACAUCGCCUUCCAAUGCUUUUCAACCCCCAAGAAGACGUCUGUGUGGAUGAGCAGCUUGUCCCCUUCAGAGGCCGCUGCAAAUUUCGGCAGUAUAUGCCAAGUAAGCCGGCAAAGUAUGGCCUCAAGAUCUGGGUCACCGCGGACGUUGCAACCUCCUAUGCCUGGAGAUGCCAGGUUUACACCGGGAAAGGUGCUGGCAGUGCUGUGGAGGUGGGCCAGGGCAAGCGUGUCAUCCUCGACAUGACAAAGGGGCUUGAAGGGGUCACUGUCACAUGUGACAAUUUUUUUACCUCCUAUUCACUUGUGCAGGAGCUUUUGAAGAGGAAAGUCGCCCUGGUCGGGACAAUUCGGAAGAACAAGCCCGAGCUUCCACCCAAACUCCUGCAGAUGAGGGGGAGAGCUAUCCUCUCCUCUCUCUUUGCCUUCACAAACAACACCACAGCAGUGAGCUACAUCCCAAAACGGGGGAAGAAUGUGAUCCUCCUCAGUAGCAAACAUAGAGAGCCAGCUGUGACAGACGAUGAGAAGAGGAAACCUGUGAUCAUCAUGGAAUACAACCACUGCAAGGGAGGUGUCGACAACCUGGACAAGGUUGUUGGCACCUACAGCUGCAGGAGGAAGACAUAUCGGUGGCCACAGGUCCUCUUCUGCAAUAUGAUUGAUAUCUCUGCUUUCAAUGCCUUCGUGAUCUUCACUGCUACAGAUCCCUCCUGGAAGCAAGGAAAAUCAUACAGGAGGAGGCUAUUUUUGGAGGAAUUGGGAAAAUCCUUGGUGUUGGAUGAAAUCGCGCGGAGACGGCGCCUACCCCGUACACUGGCUGCUGCUACAGCAGUGUUGAAGACAUUUAUGGCCAUGAUUGACCCGAGCCUUCGCUCCACAUUCAGUGAAUCUGGCACCUUUUAG